AUGCCUCGUAGUCAUCGUUCCGGAAAUAACUACGCUCCCCUUCCCCCGCGCCCUCCUCGCAUUCUAGCUCCUGGUGUGACCACAAAUCAGCAGUAUCACCUUACAGGUAGCAUGGAUAUCCCUUCGGGCCUCUCAAACAAGAAGAUUGCUGAAUGCCAUCUCGAAUUUAUAGAUUUCGAAAACAAUAACCAUUGCGUCCUCCGACUCACGUUCUUACAUGAACUGGAAGACGAUACCCCAUACGCACCUUUUGGCACCAGGGGAGUUGUCCUGGACUUCGAAGGUGUGACCCAACAAGACUCCUCAACUUCAGGGGAGUUAAUGCUGUGUACCUUUGGGUACGAUGGGCCGCAUCGGAGGUCGCUUCACUUCUCCCAGAUACCUAUGGGCCGCAAUAAAACAGUUAGGGAUUGUGUUGGGAUCAUUCGAGAUUCUGGUUUGGUGCCUUGUAAUUUUGAUCACUUGAAUGGGAACUUGGUUGGGUGUAGAGAUUUUAUAUCACAAUUGGUUUAUCGAUUGAAUGAGAAUACGUUUCUGAGGCUUCCGGAUAAUGCUAACACGGUCUAUAACAGAUUCAAUUAUGAAUAUAAUAAUACUCCCCAGCCUUACAACCGCCAGCUCAGCCCUGUGUCAUAUGCUAUCUUUCAACAGGCAUACCGACACACAGCUAUAAACGGGAUCAAUUAUGCUACUGGACCGCGCCGAUUCUUGCCGUAA